AUGCCAACUAUCUAUGAUGUGCAACGUGAAGAAAUUUACACAGCUGAUUCACGUUUAAAUACAACGUAUGAUACAUAUGGUUCACCAGGAGGUGGUGCUGUUGGUUAUAUCUCAGCCAUUGUACCACGUCAAGUUAUUAUAACUCGACCAGUAAAACAAUAUGGUGGUGGAAAUCGAGGUGUUACAUCGAAGCUGACCGUAUCACAAACUAUCUCGGGUAAUUCUAUACCAUUACGAAGUGCUGUUGGUGGCGGUGGAGGUGGUAAAUGGGCAUUGGUUCCAUUUAAUAGUCAACGCACUGAAGAAAAACGACAAUUAGCUGAAUUAAAUGAUAGAUUUGCUGAAUAUAUUGGCAAAAUUCGUUAUUUAGAAGCUGUCAAUCGUAAACUUAGCCGUGAUUUAGAUAAUAUUCGUAAUAAAAAAGGUAUAGGCUUACAGAGAAUACGCGAAAUAAUAACUCAUGAAAAGAAAGAAGCCGAAGAUACAUUAAGACGUAUGGAUGAUGAUGUCCGUUCGGGACAAAACAAACGACAAGAAGCUGAAGCACGUCUCAAACAAGCUGAACAACGUCUGUCGAAUGUGCAACGACCCGAACAUGUCAAUGGAAUUAAAAAUCAAUUAAAACAGCUACGAGAAAAAAUUAUUGAUCUCGAAAAACAAAUCGACUUGAUACGUAAAACAAUUGCUGAUAAUGAUGAUGAAAUUGCUUUUUACAAUGCUGAAUUGCAACGUAUUCGAGCUGAUGUUGCCAAUCUCAUAUCUGAAAUAGCUAAUGAAGCCACACAAAAACAAUUAUUACUAGCUGAAAAAGCUGUGCUCGAACAAGAGUUGAAAGCUCUCGAAACAGCACAUAAAUUUGAUGUUGAUCAACUUCGUUCCAAAGUUGCUAUAGCUAAUGUUGAUCCAGCACCAUUUUUCGAAAGUGAAUUAACAUCGGCUAUACUUGAAAUACGUAAGCAGUUCGAAACUAUGACUGAUCAACAACAACAACAAUUACAAAAUUAUUAUCAAGCAAAAGUUAGUGCAUUAAUUGAAUAUCAUCAACCAAAACAGCCUGUAGAAUCUCCCUGGCAAACAGAAAAGAUUCGUGAAAUAAAUCGCAGUAUAACAGAUGUACGUAGUCGAGUCAAUAAUUUACAAAUGGAAAAUCAAGAUCUUGAUCGACAAAUAACUGAUCUACGUCAACAAAUUCAAUCAACAACUUAUCAAGAAGACCAACGUUUAAUUGAAGAACAAAAACAUUUUCGUGAUGAAAUCGAUCGUCUUAAAGGUUAUAUCAAUGAUUUAGAAAAAUAUCGUGCAACGCUCGAAGAAGAGAUACGUCGCUAUCGGUUAUUACUUGAAGGUGGUACAAAUCAAGUAGGCCUGCGACAUUUUGCAGAAGAAGCAGAAAAAAUCAUGAAUCGCGGUCGAUCACUACUUGAUUCGUUGAAUUUACGUUUGAUGAAAAACACAUCAGGCCCAGUUGGCUCACAUAAAAUGCAUGAAGUCACAUAUUCAACGUAUUAUUCAGCAGGUGUUGGCGCUGCUAUUAGUGCUCUUUCGUCAUCAUUGUCAUGCGUUGAUUCUCCUCGUCAUUAA